CCACCCCCCUCUGUCCCUCUAUAAAUAUAUCUUCAGUCCUCUGUUUCGGCUCCUUGAUUGACUCCAACUUAGAGACUCACAAUGGGGAAGAAGAAGAGCAAGAAUGAGCAGAAGCAGAGCAAGAACGAGAAUAAAGACGACGGAGGAAAGAAGGAAGCCAAACAGAGUAUGACUGUUGUUCUGAAGGUCGAUUUGCAUUGUGAGGGCUGCGCCUCCAAGGUCAUGAGAUCCAUUCGUGGUUUUGAAGGUGUUGAAUCGGUGAAGUGCGACGACGCCGACAAACUGACGGUGAUCGGAAACGUAGAUCCGGCGGAACUCCGAGAGACGGUUGAGCAGAAGAUUCGUAAGAAGGUCCAACUGGUCUCUCCAUUACCGAAGAAAGACAAGGACAAGGAUAACAACAAAGGGAAUGACGGUGGCGGAGAUGACAAUAAGAAGAAAGAUACCAAAGAGAAGCAAAAGGAAAAGCCAGAAGAGAAGAAAUCCAAGGAGCCUCCGGUGACGACGGCGGUGAUGAAGUUGAACUUGCACUGUGAAGGAUGCAUCCAUAAGAUUCACAGAGUACUCAACAAGACCAAAGGAUUUCGUGAGGUGGCAAUAGACCGUCAAAAGGAUCUGGUAACGGUCAAAGGGUCAAUGGACAUGAAGGCUCUGGCUGAAUCACUGAAGAAGCAGCUGAAGAAAGACGUUCAGAUUGUUCCACCUAAGAAGGAAGGCGAGAAGAAGGAAAAAGGUGGCGGUGGAGGCGGUGGUGACAAGGAGAAGGGUGGCGGAGAGGGAAAAAGCAGGGGUGAUGGUGCUGGAGAUGCUGUUGAAAAGUUGGAGAACAAGUUUCAGUAUCAAUUUGAGCCCCAACCCCAAUACCCAUAUGCAUUUGGGCCAGGUCAUGGGGAUCACUUCCAUGCACCGCAGAUGUUCAGUGACGAGAAUCCAAAUGCUUGCACCAUCAUGUGAAAGAUGGGUUUGGGGGGCUAAGAAGCUUAUUUCUGGAAUUAUAGUUAAUAGGUGAAAGAGAAAUGUAAAUACGCCUCCAAUUUCUAGAUGGUCAAGGCUCAAAAUUCAAAGUCAUGGAUUUAUUUUCUACUAAAUUUUGGAAUUACUAUGAAGUAUUCGGUCCAUUAAUAAGGUGUAGAACUAUCCUGGCGAUUUGAUGAUGUUAUGAAUAAGUAUAUACAAAUAGUAUUGCUCUAAAAAUUUUGUUACUGAACUUUUUCUCAUAACUGUGCUGCUCAUCAAGUCUGGUGUCUCUGUUUCUUAACUUGAUUCGGGUUUUGUUCCUUUGGGAAUAAUAUAGUAGGAAUGCCAAUUUUGGUGCUUUGGCAACGGAAAUUCUAACAAUUUUCAAAUGCCUGUGAUAGUCAUGGAGUGAAAUGUUAAGUUGCUCUGGAUCUUUUGAGCAUUUCAGGAAAACCCC